UUGUCAACUAUGGUGAUUAGACAUAUUUGUUUCUAUGCAGCAGUUUUUGCUCUCGGAAUAUCAAGUAAAAUAAACCAAAGAAAACCAUCCCUCUCAGCAUUGCUGCCACAAGACUGUCAGGAUAUUUUAUGGUCAGGAACCACUGACAAUGGGGUGUACACUAUCUACCCGAGAGGCACGGGCGGAUUAAGAGUUUUCUGUGAUAUGAAGACUAGAGGAGGCGGAUGGACAAUCUUCCAAAAACGUAAGGAUGGAAGAGUGGGUUUCAACCGCAACUGGGAGGACUAUACGUAUGGAUUCGGAAACGUUAAUGGAGAAUAUUGGCUAGGUACACAGAGAAUUCAUCAAUUGACGUCACAAGGAUGGUACGAGUUAAGAGUAGAUAUGUCAGACUUCGGAGGGAAGAGGAGAUACGCAGAAUAUAGGGUGUUUUCUGUUGGCGACAGGAGUAGUAGAUACAAACUCACUGUGGAGGAGUAUCAUGGAGACGCAGGAGAUUCCAUGGCUCUUGUUAAUGGUCAACCUUUUGUUACAAAAGACAGAGAUAGACACGACUGUUCAAAAAAAUACAAAAGCGGUUUUUGGUAUAAAGCCUGUCAUCAUGCUAAUCCAAAUGGUCUCUACCUAAAAGGACACCAUUCGUCUUUUGCAGAUGGCAUAAACUGGUAUCAUUGGCAUGGUUAUAAUUACUCACUGAAAACCAUUGAGAUGAAAAUCAGAAGGCUGUAAUAUAUUGUGCUGGUAGAGAGUGUUCU